UUAUGAUAGCAAAAUGCCGAAGAUUAUCUUCAAAAUUAAUGGGAGACGAUACGAAGUUGAUGGUAAAUAUGGUCCAGAUGUGUCCCUAAAUGAGUAUAUACGAAAUGUAGCAGACUUGAAAGGUACGAAAGCCAUGUGCCUUGAGGGUGGUUGCGGCGCGUGUGUGGUAGCAGUCUGUGCUUCGCUGCCACCAACCAACGAAUUGAAAAUAUUUUCUGUCAAUUCCUGUUUAGUGUCAGUAUUAUCAUGUCAUGGCUGGGACAUAAUAACCGUUGAAGGAAUCGGGAAUCGAAAUAUUGGAUACCAUGAAAUACAAAGCAGAUUAGCCAAUUUUCAUGGAACUCAAUGUGGAUAUUGCACUCCUGGAUGGAUUAUGAACAUGUAUAGCAUCUACGAAAGUAAAAAUAAAAAAUUUAGUAUGACCGAAAUAGAGAAUUCAUUUGCUAGUAAUAUAUGUAGAUGUACCGGAUACAGGCCAAUUGCUGAUGCUUUCAAAAGUUUUGCUACAGACGUGGAUGACAACCUUAAAGCUAAAAUUAUCGAUUUAGAAGAUUUAUCAAAUUUAAAAUCAUGUGGAAUUCAUUGUAAACAACAAUGUCGACAUAAAAAUGAUAAAGAAAAAUCUUUAUUAUCUACCAGAGAUAAUAAUGAUGAAUGGUGCAUUCUUGAAAAGGGUAUUACAAAAAUGAUUGUGAUUGAUUGUGGGACCCACAAAUGGUUCAAAACUUAUAGGUUACUGGAUGUGUUCAAAGUUAUGGCGUCAGGUGAUAACUAUAAAUUAGUUGCUGGAAAUACAGGACAAGGUGUAUUUCACGUUCAAGAAUAUCCUCGCAAUGUUAUAGAUAUAUUCAAUGUGAGCGAGUUGAAAGCAUCUAUGAUCGAUGAAAACCUAAUAAUAGGCGCUGGUGUACCAUUGUCAGAAAUGAUGGAACUCUUCCUUAAAAUUUCAGCAGAAAAUGAAGAUUUUGCAUAUUUAAAACAAUUUUAUGAUCAUAUGGAUCUAGUUGCACAUAUUCCUGUUAGAAAUAUAGGUACAGUUGGAGGGAACUUAUACAUGAAAUAUGUUAAUAAUGAAUUUCAAUCCGACUUAUUUCUACUUUUUGAAACGGUUGGUGGAAUGAUUACAAUAGCUGACAAUAUCAGAAACUUUAAAAAGUUAAGUUUUCCGGAGUUUUUGAAUACAAAUAUGAACAAGCAUAUUAUUAUAAAUAUACUAUUGCCACCAUUAUCUCUUUGUUGUACAGUUAAAACUUAUAAGAUAAUGCCUAGAUCCCAAAAUGCUCAUGCUGUAGUUAAUGCUGGUUUUUUAUUCCAAUUCAAGAAAAAUACUUACACUCUGGAGAAAGCGACGAUUGUCUAUGGUAGUAUCUCACCGAAAUUUAUUCACGCGAGUAAAACAGAAAACUUAUUAAUAAACAAAGACCCUUAUACAGAUGAAACACUACAAUUAGCAUUAAAAUCAUUGCAAGAAGAAAUAAAUCCUGAAGAAGCACCCCCAGAGCCAUCAUCGGCUUAUAGAAAGAUGUUGGCUUUGGCUUUAUAUUAUAAGGCAAUUUUAAGUACAUGUCCGGAUGAUAAACUUAACCCCAAAUAUCGAUCGGGUGGUGAAGCAAUAAAACGUGAUACUUCAAAAGGAGUCCAGGUUUUUGAUACAGAUAAAUCCAUAUGGCCAUUAAACCAACCUGUAGCUAAGCUAGAGGCUAUGGCACAAUGCUCAGGAGAAGCUACAUUUGCUAAUGAUCUACUAACGGAAACUGGCGAAGUUUAUGCUGCUUUUGUUACUGCUGAUGCAAACCCUGGCAGCAUCAUUAAAGGAUUUGAUGCAUCAAAAGCUUUAAAAAUGCCAGGUGUAAUAGCAUUUUAUUCAGCUAAAGAUAUUCCAGGAAAGAAUAGUUUCUGCCCUCCCAUAUAUCCUCCACUAGUAAUUGAAGAUGAAGAGAUUCUUUGUGAUAAAGAAGUAAAAUUCUAUGGACAACCUGCUGGCAUCAUAGUCGCUCAAAGAGAUAAAAUAGCCAACAAAGCUGCUUUACUUGUAAAAAUAAAUUAUGAAACUGUAAACAAAAACAAACCAUUACUGACAAUAGAAGAUGUAUUGGAAUCGCCGGAAAAAGAUAAAAGAGUUACAAAUAACAGAACCGUUGAACCGACGGAUACUGGAAAUGACGUGAAAUGUACAAUUUAUGGAAACUUGAAAUUAGGAAGUCAAAUACAUUAUACCAUGGAGCCACAAACGUGUGUUGUAAAACCAACAGAAGAUGGAAUGGAAGUAUACUCAUCGACACAAUGGCUUGAUCAGGUCAAUGUUGCAGUAGCUCAAUGUUUAAAAGUCAAUGUAAAUAGUGUAAACGUCAUUGUACGUCGAGUUGGUGGAGGAUAUGGUGCCAAAAUAUCUCGUGCUAGUCAAAUUGCAUGCGCAGCAGCUUUAGUAUCAUAUCUACGAGGAGAAACAUGCAGAUUUGUAUUGCCCUUAGAAUUAAAUGUAAAGAUAAUUGGUAAACGUUUACCAACAAGCUGCAAAUUCGAGCUUGGAGUAAAUAAGGAAGGUGUGAUUCAAUAUCUUAAAAACACAUUUUACCAAGACAAUGGUUGUUCUCGAAAUGAAACCACUGCCAGUGUAACCUUAAACCAUUUUAUGAACUGCUAUGACACUCGUCGAUGGUACAUUGAUGCUAACAGCGUUAUUACGGAUACUCCUUCAAAUACGUGGUGUAGGGCUCCAGCAUCUACUGAAGGCAUCGCAAUGAUAGAAUAUAUAAUGGAGAGAAUAGCUUACAAUUUAGGUAAAGACCCACUAGAAGUUAGAAUGUUAAAUAUGGCAAAAGAGGAUAAUCCGAUACCAGAAUUAAUUGAGGUGUUAAAAAAAGAUGCAAAUUAUAAUGAGAGGUUAGAAGAAAUAAAAGAAUUCAACGAUAACAACAGAUGGAGGAAACGUGCUAUGAAAAUAAUUCCGAUGACAUACGAUUUAUUCUAUCUCGGCCCUUUUAAUUCGUUAAUAUCAAUAUAUCAAGCUGAUGGUUCAAUUAUGAUAACUCAUGGCGGUACAGAAAUGGGUCAAGGUAUCAAUACAAAAGUAGCUCAAGUUUGUGCCUACAUACUAGGUGCCCCUUUAGACAAAAUCAGUGUGAAACCAAGUUCAACAUUUACAUCUCCAAAUUGUACAUCUACUGGAGCUAGUAUCGGUAGUGAAUGUGUAGCCUAUGCGACGAUGAAAGCCUGUGAAAUAAUAUUACAAAGACUGGAGCCGAUUAAACAGAAACUCGGAAAGUAUACAUGGGAAGAGCUUAUAAGAGAAGCCCAUAUUUCACAUGUGGAUCUUCAAGCUUCUUAUUUUUACACAACUGCUAGUGAUGUAAAACCAUACGAUAUAUACGGUGUAAUCGCAUUGGAAGUAGAAGUCGAUAUAUUAACUGGAAAUCAUGAUGUUCGGAGGGUAGAUUUGCUGGAAGAUACGGGAAGGAGUUUAAGUCCUCAAAUCGAUGUUGGUCAGAUUGAAGGAGCAUUUAUUAUGGGGCUUGGGUAUUGGACAUCUGAGAAGAUUAUCACCGACCCCAAUACGGGAAGGAUAUUAACAGAUCGCACAUGGACUUACAAACCACCUGGAAUUAAGGAUAUACCCGCUGAUUUCAGAGUUUAUUUUAGAAGAAACGCCAAUAACGAAUUUGGUGUAUUACAAUCAAAAGCGACCGGUGAACCAUCCUUUUGUUUAGCGGUGGCCGUAGUUCACGCACUACGCGAGGCAGUGAGGGCAGCACGCUUGGAAGCUGGAUAUGCGGAUCAAUGGGUGGAAAUAGAUGUCCCGUGUACAGUGGAAAAUAUCUUUAUGUCAGUAGGCCACGAGUUGAGUCAUUUUACAUUGAAUGCGUUUAAACAUUUAAUUUAAAUCCAAAACACGUUUCGUAGUGAACAUUUAUGUAAAAGCUGCUGAAAAAUGAAGAUACCAGGUCACAUCAAACUGUUAGCAGCCUCUAUAGGUGUUACUGCGUUUAGCAUAUUAUUUGGAUGGUAUCUUUUCCCUGUAAUACUGAGGAGUCAAUUAAGGAAGGAAAUGGCAUUAUCAAAGAAAACGGAUGUGCGGAAAAUGUGGGAAAAAAUACCGUUCGCGCUUGACUUCAAAGUAUAUUUAUUUAAUUACACCAAUGCCGAGGAAGUUCAAAAAGGUGCUAUCCCUAUCGUCAAGGAAGUGGGACCAUAUUAUUUUGAAGAAUGGAAAGAGAAAGUUGAAAUCGAAGAUCACGAAGAAGAUGACACAAUUACUUACAAGAAGUUGGACACGUUUUACUUCAGACCUGAUCUUUCUGGACGGGAUUUGACUGGCGAAGAAGUUAUAACCAUGCCUCAUCCUUACAUACUGAGUAUGUUAACAUUUGUAGCACGAGAUAAGCCAUCUAUGCUUAAUAUGGUUGUCAAAGCCGUCAACGGUAUCUUUGAUGAACCCCCUGACGUAUUUCUGAAGAUAAAAGUCCUAGAUCUCUUGUUUAGAGGUUUGACUAUCAAUUGUGCUAGAACAGAGUUUGCACCAAAAGCAGUGUGCACUGCUUUGAAAAAAGAAGGCGCAGAUAUUUUAAUAUUUGAACCCAACAAUCAGUACAAGUUUUCGUUUUUUGGAAAGCGCAAUGCAACCGCUGAUCCUCAUGUAGUUACAGUACAAAGGGGAAUACGAAAUGUGAUGGAUGUCGGUCAAGUCAUAGCUAUCGAUGGAAAACCUCAAAUGAACAAAUGGAGGGACUCCUGUAAUGAAUACCAAGGCACUGAUGGUACCAUAUUUCCGCCAUUCUUAACAGAGAAUGAUCGUCUGAUGUCUUUUUCCGGAGAUUUAUGCAGGUCAUUCAAGCCCUGGUAUGUAAAGAAGACAUCAUAUAAGUCAAUACCGACAAAUCACUACACUGCUAACAUUGGAGACUUGGCUAAUGACCCCGAACUAAACUGCUUCUGUAAAGCACCAGAUAACUGCCCACCAAAAGGUCUUAUGGACAUGACCAAAUGUAUUGGCGCGCCGAUGUAUGCUUCAAUGCCCCAUUUCCUUGACAGUGAUCCUGAAUUAUUAAAAAACGUGGUCGGUCUUCAUCCUAAUGCCGAAGCCCAUUCUAUUGCAAUUGAUUUUGAAUCGAUAAGUGGAACACCCAUGGUCGCUAAACAAAGGGUUCAAUUCAAUAUACAGUUAUUGAAACAUGACAAAAUACCCCUGUGUAAAGACCUACCGGAUACAUUUGCUCCACUCUUUUGGAUUGAAGAGGGUCUUGCGCUAAAUAAAACAUUUGUCAAAAUGUUGAGACACCAGCUGUUCUUGCCCAUGCGUUUGGUGAACGUUUUACGAUGGGUACUGUUGGUAUUUGCUUCUAUGAGUAUACUAGGCUGCAUUCUAUUCCACUUCAGAGAACGAAUAUUGAAGUUCGCUGUUACUACUAAGACGACAAACACCACGAAAAUUAAUCCCGAAGACGCACUAAAAAGCAACAACGUCGUUGAACAAACACACCACCAGGAGGCCGCCAAAGUUGAUAUGUAAUCCACAUUCCGACGGCUCAUUACCUUUUAUCUGAUAUGGAGCCGUCAAUUUAAGAUGUACACUACUUUUAGAUUAUGGACGCGUGCUUUUUUAAGACGUUUGAGACGAAGGAAGUCACGAUGAACAGCUAUUUACUGAUGUGCAGUAGUACGAUUCUUUUAAAAAAAAAUUAUUCAUAUUACAUAAGUACAUUUUGCACACACACACACACACACACACCGAUAAAAUACAAGACAUUUCAUAAAUUUCAUACUCACAUAACGAACUCCGUUUUAGUCGAGAAUAUUCGACUAAUUUACGAAUCUUUUACAGUAUAAUGUAAUUCAUAUUUUAGCAGCGUUUUCAGACUGGGUGUUCUUUUCGCAAUUUUGGUUAAAAAAAAUUGUUGUCCUACGAAAUUUUUAAGAAAUAAAACAGUUGGAGAAAUUUUUGGAGAAAAAUGAAACAGACGUGGAGAAAUAUGGAUAAUUGUUUUGACAGUUUUAGUACUUAAAUUCUGUAGAAUAUGCCACUGAAGCAAGCAACGUAGCAGCGGCGUAGAAGAGAGUGAAUUUUUUUAUCGCUCGCGUAGUGGUAUUAUGACCAAAUCUAGUGAAAACUAAGUUUGUGAUUGGAUAAAUAUAAACUAAAUUAAACCAAUUAGCAGCAAUAAUAACAAUGGAGAAAAAUUGCAUCUACAAUUUUUUUUUUAUAAGUAGAUUAGACUAUACUUUAAUAGUUACCUACAUGCCGUAACUAAAUAAAUUUAGCUUUCUUUCUAAUCUAGCUUUGCUUUUUCACUAUCAGCUUUAGAAAAUCAGGAUCGACAAAAUAUUAUUUUAUAAGAAUUUUAAGAGUGUAAAACAGUACAAUAAUUUAUAAAAGUUUAAUAAAAAAAAAGUCUAUUUUUGUAAGUACAAAUUUAGAAAUAGUUAAUCAACUAUUUAAAUAAUGUUGUACCUAGUGUUGGAAGCAUUCAGAUAAAUAUUUUAGUAUUUAAUUUAUAAAUUAUUUAAUAAGUGUAUGGAUCUCAACUCAAUAUAAUUAAUGAACUAAUAAUUAUGUACCUAGUUAGUACUUACACUAGUUAUGUUUUACCUAAUAUAAUACUUGUCUGUAAUAUAUUCACUCUAUAUACCUCUACAGUGCACUUUAUUUACGCUAUAAAGCAAAACUAAUAUAACUGAAAGAACACAUAAUAUUAUGUACCUACUUUAUAA